UGGGGUCAGAGUGGGUCGCAGCUGUCGAUUUAAUGCAGGUUUCGCAAUAAGCUGGCAUGACGGCUGACGAAGCAUUUUGGUAGGCUACAUGUAGUCUCGAAAACCAACAGACCGCUAAAGUCAGUGGUGGAGAAUGAUCUGUUUUGACGCUCGUUACGCACGGCUUUCGACCCGGUGAAUAUGUGUCGCCCAGGAUCUCGCUGGUGAUUCAUGCUUGCAGAGACAAGCAGCAUUUUUCAACCAGUGAAACGAUUUGCUGAAAGACUACAAGUCCCGGUAGCUGGCGUGAAAAUUAUUCGCCCCCGUUGUAUCCCCCCCACCACCGACCAUCCGCAAUCUCAUUCACUGAGUGGCCGCUUCGGAGACAACAACCGCCUACCUCCUUGCGUCCUGACGCAGCUUUCUGGACAGAAGCGAACAAAAACGUUACCGUUAUGAAGACUGCCAGCGGUGACAGAUAACAAAGAGCUAUGAAGUCUAGACCGUAAAUCGUGUAAUAGUACUGGCAAGGCGAGAAUGAACUAUUCGAAGUGGCAACAUUUUCUUUGACUACAUAUAUCUGUAACAUCGUCUCAUACUACGCUUUGCUUAAGAACAAAAUAUUUCCAUUUGUAGCAUUCUGGUCGGAUGGGAUUACAGGCUACAUAUGGACAUAUGUGAUGUUGUUUUCUAUUUGGUCAAGAUAGUAUCACCGUUCGUCAGUGGCUUGUUAGGAGACAGUGAUGUUUUAGUCUAGAUGAGGUGCUUAGACUUUGGGUGUUUGGGGAGAAAGCAGCGUUGUUGCAAAUAGCAAUGAAGAUGAAUCAUGAACAUAGAUAGAAAACCCCGGACCCCCUCAGUUGUACUGCUUGGGCAACCUCCUUGCCUCAGUCACCACCCUUGCAGUAGUAGUAGUAAUGUUUUCAUGUCCUUAUGUGGCACUAGAUGUUUAGUCUGAGUCGUCACUAGAGAUAUGGAAGCUAUUCUGAGCCACGCCAUGACGUCAUCCGACAAUGACGAGACGGGGAGCGACGUAUCCAUGGAUGUGAACGAGUUCCAGACCCCGUUCUUGGACCCAGGGAGCUUCAAGUCCAAAAGCUUACCCAUCCUGAACGGGCCCUGCCAGCAGGCCAGUGAGCUGCUGGACCCGCGACUAGUCAACACAACUCUCACAUCUCUGGCCGCUGACCAGAGCAGCGAGCUCCAGCCCCAAACCCCAGACUCCAACCAGGCGGAGUCCCCCUCCCGGACAGACUUCUCCCCCUCCGCCUCCAGCCUGGUGGGCCUCAGCAGCUCCGUGGCCAUGGAGGGGCACCGGGUCACGAGCUCUGGGGGGAAGAAGCUGGGCUUCUCCUUAACCCGAUUCGUCCGAGUCCCCGUGCGUAAGUUUGUGCGUGUGAUCCUGGCGGAUUCGCGCAGCUUCCUGUUCUGCAUGUCCUACCUGACCUUCAUCCAGUCCCUCAUGGUGUCCGGCUACCUGAGCAGCGUCAUCACCACCAUCGAGAAGCGCUAUAGCCUCCGCAGCUCCGAGUCCGGCCUGCUGGUCAGCUGCUUCGACAUUGGCAGCCUGCUCGUGGUCGUUUUCAUCUCGUACUUUGGCGGCCGGGGCCAGAGGCCUCGCUGGCUGGCUGUGGGGGGGAUCCUGAUUGCCAUCGGGGCCGGGUUAUUCUCCCUGCCCCACUUCAUCUCCCCGCCCUACCAGAUCCAGGAGCUGAACUCCUCCACUGGCCACGAGGGGCUCUGCCUCGCGGGCAACUCCAGCGGGCGCGAGCUUCUCGACGCUGGGUCGUGCCCGCGCGACCAAGAGGGCAAUGAACACAACCUGUACGUGGCACUGUUCAUUUGUGCCCAAAUACUGGUGGGCAUGGGGUCAACUCCCAUCUACACCCUGGGGCCCACCUACCUGGACGACAACGUGAAGAAGGAGAACGCGUCCCUCUACCUCGCCAUCAUGUAUGUGAUGGGGGCUCUGGGUCCAGCCGCUGGGUACCUGCUUGGAGGAGUUCUUAUCGGCUUCUACGUCGACCCCACAACCAUCGUCAACAUCGAUCAAAGUGACCCACGUUUUGUCGGCAACUGGUGGAGUGGGUUCCUUCUGUGUUCCGUGGCCAUGCUGCUCGUCAUCAUUCCCAUGUUCGCCUUCCCUAAGAAGCUGCCCCCACGCCCCAAGAAGAAGAAGAAGAGGAAGAAGAUCUGCUCUGCCGAGGACGUGUCCAGCGAUGAUGAUGUCAUGAAGGAGAAGAACAGCCAAGCCCAGAACGUCCCCUCGGCCAUGGGCUUUGGAAAGGACAUCAAAGACCUGCCCAAGGCUGCAGUGAGGAUCCUCAGCAACACCACCUUCCUGUUCGUCAGCCUGUCCUACACGGCAGAGUGUGCCAUCGUCACAGCCUUCAUCACCUUCAUCCCCAAGUUUAUUGAGUCCCAGUUUGGAAUUCCAGCCUCCAAGGCUAGCAUCUACACAGGGGUGAUCAUUGUGCCCAGUGCGGGGGUGGGCAUCGUGCUGGGGGGCUACAUCAUCAAGAAGCUGAAGCUGGGGGCGCGGGAGUCGGCCAAGCUGGCCAUGAUCUGCAGCGGCGUGUCCCUGCUGUGCUUCUCCACCCUGUUCAUUGUUGGCUGCGAGAGCAUCAACCUGGGCGGCAUCAACAUCCCGUACACCACCGGGCCUACUUUGACGAUGACCCACAGGAACCUGACAGGCAGCUGUAAUGUCAACUGUGGUUGUAAGAUCCACGAGUACGCGCCAGUGUGUGGCUCUGACGGCAUCACCUACUUUAACCCCUGCCUGGCCGGCUGCAGCACUGUGGGGAACGACAGCGCUGGGAUCAGGAACUACACCGAUUGUGGUUGCGUCCAGAGCAGACAGGUCAUCACUCCGCCCUCUGGUGGCCAAGGCAACCAGCUCCAGCUGGUCAUCGUCAAGACCUACCUGAACGAGAACGGCUUUGCCCUGGCGGGGAAGUGCGAUCGCACCUGCAACACCCUCAUCCCCUUCCUCAUCUUCCUCUUCAUUGUCACGCUCAUCACCGCCUGCGCCCAGCCCUCCGCCAUCAUCGUCACCCUCAGGUCCGUGGAGGAGCAGGAGAGACCGUUCGCAUUAGGGAUGCAGUUCGUCCUGCUUAGAACUCUGGCCUACAUCCCCACGCCCAUCUACUUUGGCGCGGUGAUCGACACCACGUGCAUGCUGUGGCAGCAGGACUGCGGCGUGCACGGCUCCUGCUGGGAGUACGACGUCACCUCCUUCCGCUUCGUCUACUUCGGCCUGGCGGCCAGCCUCAAGUUCGUGGGCUUCAUCUUCAUCUUCCUCACCUGGUACUCCAUCAAGCACAAGGAGGAGCGCGUGGACCGCUGGCGCCAGCACAUGCCCCCGCUGGGCACGGUCAGCGACCUCAUCUGCCACGUGGGCGGGCAGAAGAGCCACGCCCGCACGCGCUCCUGCCCCGUGUUCAUCCCCGCACGCACCGACCCGCCCGCCGCCCUCCUGCUCAACCACGGGCACAGCAGCAUCAGCUGUCCCGGGAACGCCCUCAAAGCAAUAACCCCGCCCCCGCCGCCGGCCCCCCCUCAGCCGCACACCAACGGAAGCUCCGCCCACAUCUGAGAGCAGGCCGCGCCUCUCCCGAGGGGGGGGUUCAUCUUGACAUGUGCCUUCCUGUUUCCUGUGUCCGCGCCUGCACGCGUUUUGUUUUUGCCGCCCAUCGGAGGCUCCGCCGCUCUGAUGGACAGGC